AUGUAUCACUUACAGCACCGUUGUAUAUUAAAACCCGAAGCCAUCCAGACACCGGGCGUACCUAAAAUCCGUCUAAACAACGGUUACGAGAUCCCGGUGUUGGGGUUCGGCACGUGGCAGUCCGAGGGCCAAAAGCUCAUCGACGCCAUUAAGGACGGCCUACGCCAGGGUUUCCGACACAUCGACACCUCCUGGUUCUUCCACAACGAGCGUGAGAUCGCUCAGGCAUUAGGGGAGGCCUACGCGGAAGGGCUGGUCACUCGGGAGGACAUAUUCCUGGUGUAUAAGGUGUGGCCCAAGAACUCCAACUUUAAGAGGACUCAGAAUGUCAUCAAAAACGCCUUAAAAGAGUUGAACACAACUUAUUUGGAUUUCGUGUCCAUUCAUUGGCCGCUCAAGAAUAAUACGGAUAUCUAUCGAGCCCUGGAGUGGGCCUACGAUGAGGGUAUGGCCCGUGCGAUAGGUGUGUCCAACUUCAAGCCGAGUGAGAUUCAGGAGCUCAUGACUACGACGAGGAUUAAGCCGUCAAUAAAUCACAUACGUAUACAUCCGGGCCUUAAUCAGGACGAGACAGUGGACUGGUGUCUGGGCAAUGGGAUAGCUGUGGGCGGUUGGUCUCCACUGGGCACCGGGUCGCUGGUGAAGGACCCGACACUUGUGGGUAUAGGCGAGAGGUAUAAUAAGAGUGCGGCUCAGGUGAUGAUCCGGUGGCAGAUCCAGAGGGGACUGAUAGUCAUACCUAAGAGUACUAAACUUCAGAGGAUUGUCGAGAACUUCAAUCUCAUCGACGCCAUUAAGGACGGCCUACGCCAGGGUUUCCGACACAUCGACACCUCCUGGUUCUUCCACAACGAGCGUGAGAUCGCUCAGGCAUUAGGGGAGGCCUACGCGGAAGGGCUGGUCACUCGGGAGGACAUAUUCCUGGUGUAUAAGGUGUGGCCCAAGAACUCCAACUUUAAGAGGACUCAGAAUGUCAUCAAAAACGCCUUAAAAGAGUUGAACACAACUUAUUUGGAUUUCGUGUCCAUUCAUUGGCCGCUCAAGAAUAAUACGGAUAUCUAUCGAGCCCUGGAGUGGGCCUACGAUGAGGGUAUGGCCCGUGCGAUAGGUGUGUCCAACUUCAAGCCGAGUGAGAUUCAGGAGCUCAUGACUACGACGAGGAUUAAGCCGUCAAUAAAUCACAUACGUAUACAUCCGGGCCUUAAUCAGGACGAGACAGUGGACUGGUGUCUGGGCAAUGGGAUAGCUGUGGGCGGUUGGUCUCCACUGGGCACCGGGUCGCUGGUGAAGGACCCGACACUUGUGGGUAUAGGCGAGAGGUAUAAUAAGAGUGCGGCUCAGGUGAUGAUCCGGUGGCAGAUCCAGAGGGGACUGAUAGUCAUACCUAAGAGUACUAAACUUCAGAGGAUUGUCGAGAACUUCAAUGUGUUUGACUUCGAGCUCCGGGAGGAGGAUAUGAAGGCUAUCCACGAUAUGCCACAGAUUACGCUCAUUGACUUCUGGGGAUAA